GUCGAACUACAUGUCCCAGUAGACUUUGCGGUCCGGGGAGGGGCUGUCGCGACCUUGGAGUGUGACGUACAGCAGCAUGGCGAGCAAGGAGCCCAAUCGCUUCGUCCAGCACCUGAGGGAUCUGGCAGGUCGGAUGUCUUCGUCUGGUGGCAAAGGGGCAGGAUUAGGACUGAAGCUGCUGCUUGGAGCUGGUGCUUUGGCAUAUGGCAUUAAAGAAGCUACCUACACAGUGGAGGGCGGUCAAAGAGCCAUCAUCUUCAACAGAAUUGGAGGGAUGCAGAUGGACACUAUUCUGGCUGAGGGGCUGCAUUUCAGGAUCCCAUGGUUCCAGUACCCUAUCAUCUAUGAUAUCAGAGCCAAACCCAGGAAGAUCUCCUCUUUGACAGGCAGCAAAGAUCUGCAGAUGGUGAACAUAGCAGUGCGGGUGUUGUCCAGGCCCCUAGCUUCAAACCUGCCGGUCAUGUACCAACACUUGGGGAAGGACUACGAUGAGAGAGUCCUGCCCUCCAUCGUCAACGAGGUCCUCAAGUCUGUGGUGGCAAAGUUUAACGCCUCGCAGCUCAUCACACAGAGAGCACAG